AUGGCACUAAUUAAUGAAAGCCACCCUGAAGAAUUCCUUCUACUAGGCUUUGCUGACCAUCCAUGGCUGGAGCUUCCUCUCUUUGUUAUUCUUCUGAUAACAUACCCUCUGGCCAUGCUGGGAAACAUCGCCAUCAUUCUGGUGUCCAAGUUAGAUUCCAAGCUCCACAGCCCCAUGUAUUUCUUCCUCACCAACCUCUCCUUUCUGGACAUGUGUUACACCACGAGCAUUGUCCCGCAGAUGCUGGUGAACCUGGGAAGCGCUAAGAAGACAAUCAGCUACAUGGGCUGUGUGGUUCAGCUGUAUUUCUUCCACACGAUGGGUGGCACAGAGUGUCUGCUUUUGGCUCUCAUGUCUUUUGAUCGCUAUGUGGCCAUCUGCAGGCCCCUCCACUACAGCCUCAUCAUGAAUCAGCAAACCUGUAUCCUAUUAAUAUCCAUUGUGUGGCUGAGUGGAAUGACCUAUGCUGUCUCACAGGGUACUGUUACAUUACAGUUACCACUCUGUGGUCACAACACCCUGGAUCACUUGUUGUGUGAGAUUCCUGUUCUAAUAAAGACUGCCUGUGGUGAAAAGAAUGCAAAUGAGCUCACACUGUCUAUGGUGUGCAUUUUUAUAGUAGCUGUUCCACUCAGCUUAAUUCUUGCUUCAUAUGCUUGUAUAGGACAUGCUGUGUUGAGGAUUAAAUCUUCUGAGGGAAGGAAAAAGGCUUUGGGGACAUGUUCCUCCCAUCUCCUUGUAGUUUUCUUAUUUUUUGGCCCAGUGAUUAGCAUGUACCUUCAGCCCCCCUCUUCCAUCACAAGAGACCAACCCAAGUUCAUGGCGCUCUUCUAUGGAGUGGUGACUCCUACACUCAACCCCUUCAUCUACACCCUUAGGAAUAAGGAUGUGAAAGGGGCAUUGGUUCACCUGAUGAGGAGGAUUUCCAAUUCCAAGUGA